CACUUAGAAGAUGUGUAUGAUAUUUGUUGGACCUCAGAUGGUAAUUACAUGGCCUCUGCUUCUGUGGACAACACAGCUAUAAUGUGGGAUGUCAAUAAAGGACAGAAGGUUUCCAUAUUUAAUGAGCACAAGAGUUAUGUCCAAGGGGUAACCUGGGAUCCUCUAGGCCAGUACAUUGCAACCCUGAGUUGUGACAGGGUCCUGCGGGUGUACAGCACACAGACCAAGAGGGUGGCCUUCAACGUCACCAAGAUGCCAUCUGGAUCGGGAGCCGAAGGAGAGGCCCGGAGCUACCGGAUGUUCCACGACGACAGCAUGAAGUCCUUCUUCCGCCGGCUCAGCUUCACCCCCGAUGGCUCCUACCUGCUCACUCCAGCUGGCUGCGUGGAAUCAGGAGAAAACGUUACCAACACCACCUACGUGUUCUCCAGAAACAACCUGAAAAGGCCUGUGGGUCACCUGCCGUGCCCUGGGAAGGGAACUCUGGCUGUUCGCUGCUGCCCGGUCUACUUCGAGCUGAGAGGAGCGUUUCAUGAAGAUGAGAUGAGUCAGAAAUCGUGCCCCGCUCUGUUUAACCUGCCCUAUCGCUUGGUGUUCGCUGUGGCCUCCGAAGACUCGGUGCUUUUUUAUGACACUGAGCAGUCCUUCCCCUUUGGUUACGUCUCUAACAUCCAUUAUCACACCCUGAGUGACAUUUCCUGGUCCAGCGACGGAUCCUUCCUGGCUAUUUCCUCCACCGACGGAUACUGCUCCUUCGUCACCUUCGAGAAGGACGAGCUGGGAAUUCCUCUGAAGGAGAAGCCCCAGAUCAGCCUCAGGACUCCUGGUGCAACAGAGAAGAAGGUGAAGAAGAGCCAGUGCCCCAAAUCCACCUCCCCGAGCUCCAGGCUGGCCGAGGGGACUCCCCCCGGCAGGACCAGCCCUCCCUCCCUGACACCCAGCACACCCAGCGCUGCCAGCAAGGACUCACCCUCCACCCCUGUUGGCGUCAAAACCGUUCCAGCCUCGUCCUGGGAGGAGAGGAAAAGCAGCCAGGCAGCCCCCCAGAGCAGCAAGGCCAAGCAGCCCCGGAGAGUUGCCCUCCACACAUUACAGACCUGUUUCAAGACACCCAGGAGAAUAAAUUUGAUUUCGCUGAAGCCGGAUACACCCACCCCUGCAGAUCCAGACACAGCCUCUGGGCCUCCUUCCUCAGAGCAGGAACAUGAGAGGCCACUGCCAUCUGACGACAGCCUUCAAAAUGACCCAGCACCAAAACGUCCCAGGACUGAGGAAACGCCUCCUCCUGCACCUGAAGAUCAAACCACCUGUGAUUCAAACAAAUAAGGGCUGAGCUUAUCCAACAAAACAAGCUUUUAGCAGACUCUUCACGGUCUGAAGUCAGUGCAGCCUUGCCUGAGUGCAUUUCUUUUUGCAGAUGUUUUAAAUCCUCAACUCCCCAUCAAGGUUCCCUGUGCAGAUUUGCUGUAGCACCCUGAAGUGGAAGACACAGCUUUUUCAGGAAUGUAGUUUUGCAGGAGGAGAAACAGCUGGGAGGUGACUUCAAGAAGUGCCCCAGCCUAAGGAAUUCAGGGAAAUCUGGGUAUU